AUGUCGUCUUCGGAAGGUGCACCGGAAUCAUGGAUCUCCUCAUUCUGCUCGUUGAUGGGGCAUGAGUUUUUCGCCGAGGUGUCGGAGGACUUUAUCGAGGAUGAUUUCAACCUGACUGGCCUACAGUCGCAGGUUCCGAUGUACAAGGAAGCACUGGAGAUGAUUCUCGACGUGGAGCCGGAGGAUGACGAAGAGGAAGAGGAGGAAGAGGAGGAGGAAGAUGAAGACGAUGCGCUCGGCGACGGACCGGUAUACCGAAGAGCGGGCGAUCGGAGGCACGCUCGCGUGGCCAGCGAUCUCAGCGUCAUCGAGAGCUCCGCAGAGCUCUUAUACGGCCUCAUUCACCAGCGCUACAUCACCUCCCGCCCGGGGAUUCAGCAGAUGCUCGAAAAGUAUGACAUGCAGCACUUCGGAACCUGUCCUCGAGUCAACUGCAAUGGCUGCAAGGUUCUGCCCGUUGGGCGCUCCGAUACCCCGGGCCAGGAAACUGUCAAGCUCUUCUGCCCCGGCUGUCAGGACAUCUAUACCCCUCCCAACAGCCGGUUCCACUCCGUCGACGGUGCCUUCUUCGGCACCACCUUUGGCUGCCUGUUCUUCAUGACCUUCCCAGACCUUGACAUUGGCACCCGUGACAAUGCCCCCUCCAUCCUGUCCCCCCACGCGCAAUCUUCCCGCGCCGGCUCCCUCACCCGCAGCCCGGCCACCCGUCCCACCUCGCCUCCCCUCGAAAACCAACCGCUAGAGAUCAACGGCGUCCGCACCCCCAACCUCUGCCCGGGGUUGGGCAAGGGCAAGAUCUACGAUCCCCGUAUCUACGGAUUCAAGGUCUCGGAGGUGUCACGGGUCGGCCCGCGCAUGAAAUGGCUCCGGUCGAAACCUAAGAACGUCAUCGAGCUGGAUGAGGCUUGGAACCAUGAGCAGCAGCUUUCCCCACAGGAUGACAAAGACGGAGACACAGAAAUGAACCCGGAGCAAGUGCAAGAUGCGGCUAUUGCCAACCGUAAGAAAGCGCCCAUGCGCCGGCGGAGGAAUCUGCAGUCCGCCGACCCGAUGGGGGUGCACGGGCGAUGA